AUGGUUCGCACCGAGCAGCAGAGACGUUCAGCUCCUCACAGCACUGUGGAGAGGUUCAUUCUGACCUUCCUGCCUCCAGUCGUCCACCGAUUCCUCUUCAUCCAAUCAGAGGUGUUUCCAGUGGCUCACUUGGUCCUCAGAGCGCUGUUUGGAGCGGUUAGCGGUUCAGUUCUGUUUCUGUGCAUCGCCCACAACCUGCCGCUGACCUUUGACCUGAAGCUGACAGCAGGAUGUUUAUUUGUCGCUGUGUGUGUUGCCGGCGGAGCGUUGUCUUCUUCCUUCAGGUGUUCGGUUCUCCUCAUGUUUCCCAGCAUGCUCGGCUCUCGAGGCCGGGCCUACCUGAUGCUACUGAUCCUGUCUGUGCUGUAUGGAGGUCCAGUUUCAAACAUCCAGCGUAAUGCAGAGUCGGCCGCCUUAACUCUGAGCUGUAACUUAGAUCUGCAGCUUCAUCACAGCAAGUUACUGUGGCGGGAAGCCAUCAAACCAUUCAUACUCGUCACCCAGGAGCUCAUGGAUGAUAAAGAUGUGUUUCAGUCGGAGGCUCUGAAUGUCAACAAAAAGUUUCAGAACAUCAGAGAUGAAGUCGUCCUUCAGUACGGAUACGACCGAUUCGAACCAGGCAGCAGUGGAAACAGCACACAGGAACAGUUCGCCGCCAAAACCAUCAUGCAGUGCGACAGUGUGGUGAACCAGGGCAUCCAACGCUGUGUUGAUUGGUUCAGCCGCAGGUGGGAUGAGUGUAUGGAGGCCAUACCUGUCCCCAUCAUCAACCACAUCCUCUGUGUCCCCAUGAAGUUCCACUUCCUGUGUGACGUCAUGAGAGUUAUGACUCCCUGGUGCAAAGAGCACAUUCCUGUUGAGGGAAACUUCGGUCAGUUGUUUGAUCAGCUGAACGCUUCAGUCGACCUACUGUCCAGAGAGUUCAGCACCGAGCUCUCCGUCCAGCAGCAGCAGCAGCCGGUGCUGGACGGAGCUCUGCCAGACGACGGGUUCACUCAGGCCAUAAAAAAAUCCUUCAAGAACCUGGUGGCAGCGAUGGAGCAAGUGUUCAGUGUUCUGCAGCUGCUGCUCUCCUUCACCUUCAUCACCAUGUUCACUCAGGCUCUGGGUUACCUCAGCUCUUACAGGAGGGACAUUUGUUUUGACAACACCUACAUCACCACCUACUUCAGGCAGAUCGACGCUCGCAGGAGGAGAGCGGGAAAAUGCUUCUUGCUGCCGCUGAAAAAGUCGGAGAAAAACAAGUUCAUCAACCCCUGGAGUCUAAAAAUUUACUCCAAAGAGCUGAAACAAGUGGUGCGUUCAACAACAACAACAACAACAACAACAACAACAUUGCAGCUACAGAUUUAA